CUGGGGUUUUUUAUACCUCCCGAGAUUCCGUCCCAAUUACGCGCUACGUCAUAGACGCUAGACGCCGACGCGACGGUGUAUAAAGGCUAGCGUCCACUAUACGGAUCGCAUCGGACCUUAUCGCAACGCAAUAAUACUCUUACGUGGAAACAAAUGAGAGUGCGUCCACUCGAGGCGCGUCGCAUCGGGGCGGAACGCAACGGAUUUUUGUUUUGCCCCAUAGGCGGAUUUUUGCGGACGGCACGUUGCGACCCGUCUCAAGUUAACGUAGAGCGAUAGCAGCACAAACGCAUUUUAGUAUUUUUGGUUAAUUAUUUAUUGCUUUGCCCACAAAUUAAUUAGGAAUGGACGAAGAAUUGCUAAUAUCAUUAGUGUCCCAGUAUAAGGAACUGUACGACACGGGAGAUGCGAGGUACCACGACGAACAGAGGAGAAACAAUAUGUGGCAAGAAAUUGCAGAUUUAAUGAAAUUAAGGGCAUCCGAAUGUCGGGACCGCUGGAAAAGGCUAAGAGACAACUUUAGGCGCGCAAAAAAUUUGCGAAAAACCAAGAGUAGACAAGCCGCUACAAAGAAUAAGCCUAUUAAAUAUGAGAAAGAAAUGCAAUUUCUAACUUGUUAUUUGGAAACUCAGGAAAAAUGUUUAACAAACAUUUCGAGACAGUCGAGUGAUGAUGAAGAAGCUGUGCUUGAUAACAUGUCGCCACCAUCUACACCAGGGUCCUAAUCACAAAUGAGUUCCAAUUCAACUGCUUCAUGUUCAAAAAAAAGAAAGUACAGGACGAAUAUGGCCCUUCCUCAACCUCGGCAAAAACACUGUUUCAGUCCUAUAUUAAGAAAAAGUAUGACCAACCUCGCCAAGAACCUGACACAGUUCUUGACUUUUUUACUAAUUUGGGGCGUACAGUGAAAACUUUUCCUGAAGACAUCCAAAUUCGUGUGAACGGUUCCGUCUUUAAAAUUAUAAAUGACGCUAAAUUGGAAAUAUUACAGCGAAAAGCAAGCCAUGAACAAUAUUUUAAUCGUCCUACUGUGCAGAGCCAUUAUCAAGAACCAGUCCGAAUGCCAGUGUUACAGACAGGUCAAAUUGCAAGGACUGGAUCAAAUACUAUGGUCCAAAGUAAUGAACUUAGUUAUUCGUUAGGAUCGCAAAUUUAUUCUCCAGUUUCACCUGGACAAUCCUCACCAGUCGCACAAGCUGGACCAGCUGAUCACGCAAACAAGACAUAUAUGCAGAUGGGAGAAUUUCUAACGUUUCCUGAACGUUGA